AUGUUUAACAAACUCGUCGCCGUUGUCUUCGCAUCGGGUCUCGUGUCGACCGCCUCGGCCGCACUCAACUUCUACUGCCCAUAUGUCAAUGCGACAGGUUUCUACCCGGCAUGCUGUAUAGGCAUAACAGGCCAGGUCGGGGUGGAUUGUGUUGGCCCCCACGUCGUCGGCGGCUUGCCCAACUUCGAGUGUAACAUCGGGCCCCCAUACAACAACCGCGGGUGCUGCCAAUCGAUCAACUACACCAAUCCCAACACGGGAUACAAGCUGAGCCUGUGCACUGGCGUCACGCCUUAUCCUUAG